CUCUCUCACACACACACACACACACACACACUCUGCAAUUUUUGUCACAUAUUUGGUUAAAAACUAGGGCUUCUUUCUACUUGUGUAAAUUCCAACUCACGAUUUCAGUUUUUCUAGUAUUUGAUCAAAUUGUCAACUGAUAAAGAUGAAGAAAAUUGAUUUAGUAUCUGGGUAUAAGGGAGUUGUGGAACAUUUAUUUGGAAAUGAAGAAUCAAAUUCCAAUGAUGAGAGCUAUGUUGAGCGCUUGCUGGAUUGCAUAAGAAAUGGUAAGCUGGUGGAGGAUAGAAGAAAUGCCAUGGCUGAACUUCAAUCCGUUGUUGCAGAUAGUCACUCUGCCCAGCUAGCUUUUGGAGCAAUGGGAUUUCCUGUACUUUUUGAAGUCCUCAAGGAGCGUGAUGACGCUGAAAUGGUACGUGGUGCUGUUGAAACGUUUGUGAGUGCCUUAACGCCAACUACACAUACAAAAUCACACAAAAAUGAGGUUCAGCCAGCUUUGAUGAACGCAGAUCUUUUAUCAAGGGAUGAGCAAAACAUAUCCCUUCUUCUGAAUCUGUUGUCAGAGGAUGACUUCUAUGUGCGAUAUUAUACUCUUCAACUUCUAACUGCACUGUCAACGAACUCACCCGUUAGGUUACAGGAAGCCAUUCUCAAAAUCCAAGGUGGUAUAACUCGUCUUGUGGACAUGCUCAUGGAUCGCGAGGUUAUAAGGAAUGAGGCAUUGUUACUUCUCACCUAUUUGACCCGUGAGUCUGAGGAGAUUCAAAAAUAUUUGGUCUUUGAAGGUGGUUUUGAGAAAAUUUUCAGUAUCAUUAUGGGGGAGGGAGGUUCAGAUGGUGGUGUCGUUGUCCAGGAUUGCCUUGAAUUGCUGAACAAUCUCAUUCGUAGCAAUGCUUCCAAUCAGGUGAUGCUGCGGGAAACUAUAGGCUUUGACUUGUUGAUUUCGAUAUUAAAACUUCGGGGGAGCACAUAUAACUUUACUCAGCAAAAGACAAUAAAUCUACUGUGUGUUUUAGAAACAAUCAGGUUACUGCUGAAUGGUGGUUCUGAUGCUGAUCCUUCAAAACAAUUGAAUACGUCGACUAACAAAACAGUUCUGGUUCAGAGGAAAGUUAUGGACCAUCUACUUAUGCUAGGAGUUGAAAGUCAAUAUGCUCCUGUUUCUGUCCGUUGUGCUGCUUUUCGAUGCAUAGGUGAUCUAAUAUUUGGACAUCACCAAAAUCUGGACAUUCUUGCAAGCAAAUUCCUUGGUGAUGAGCCACAGGCUGAGCCAGCUCUGAAUUCAAUUCUGCAGAUUACCUUAAGGACGUCUAGCAUGCAAGAAUUAAUUGCAGCUGACUAUGUUUUCAAGUGCUUUUGUGAGCAAAAUACUGAUGGUCAAACAAUGCUAGCCUCAACCUUAAUUCCCCAACCAUUGUCAAUGACCCAUGCUCCGCUUGAGGAUGAUGUCAAGAUGUCUUUUGGAAGCAUGCUUCUACAUGGUCUUGCCUCGAGUGAACAUGAUGGAGACCUCGAGACUAGUUGCAGAGCUGCAAGUGUUCUUUCUUAUUUACUAAAGGAUAAUCUGCAGUGCAAGGAAAAGGUUUUACAAAUUAAACUCGAGUCAUCAAUGCCCUCCUUAGAAUCCUCGGAACCCCUAUUGCACCGCAUGGUAAAAUACUUGGCCCUUGCAUCUUCCAAGAAGGGCAAAGAUGGAAAAUUAGCUAUUCCAACAAGUUCAUAUGUCCAACCAAUAAUACUAAAGCUACUCGUCACGUGGCUCUCUGAUUGCCCAAAUGCUGUACAUUUGUUUCUUGCCUCACGUUCUCAUUUAACUUAUAUAGUUGAAUUAGUAUCAAACGUCGAUGCGACUGUUUGUGUAAGAGGAUUGGCAGCUGUGCUGUUAGGGGAAUGUGCUAUCUUUAAUAAAUCAGUUGAGGCGGGAAAAGAUGCUUUUACCGUGGUUGAUGCCAUAAGCCAAAAAGCGGGGCUCACAUCAUACUUUCUAAGGCUAGAUGAGAUGCAGAAAAGCUUUGUAUUUACAUCUACAAACGGGGAUCAAUCCCAUGGACUGGCGACAAAAACAAAUGCCGACAGAAUUGCGGAAAUAGAAGAGAUUGAUGAUGACAUGCCAAUCGAGCACAAGAACGAGGACCACCCUAUGCUUGCUGGAAUGUUUGACCCCCAGUUUCUCAUCUUUAUAAAAAAUUUGGAAGUUAGUAUUAGAGAUGGAAUCGUAAAAAUCUAUAGUCACCCCAAGAACAAUGUGUCUGUCAUUCCCGCAGAAUUGGAACAGAAAAAGGAUGAGCCUGAUGUGGAAUACAUCAACCGACUCAAAUCCUUUCUGGAGAAACAAUGCUCCGAGAUACAGGAUCUACUUAACAGAAAUGCAACAUUAGCUGAAAACCUAGCCAACACGGGUGGGGGUGGCUCAUCUCAAACCGAACCUAGACCUAAUGGUGGUUCAGACAGGGUCCAACUGGACACACUAAGAAGAAAUCUUCUAGAAACAUCCCAACAGAUUGAGAUGCUUAAAACAGAUAAAUCCAAAAUUGAAAAUGAAGCUUCAUCUUAUAAGAAGUUAUCUGAAAAGAUAGAAAGUGAUUUAAAGAGUUUAUCAGAUGCCUACAACAGUCUAGAACAGGCAAAUUACAACUUAGAAAAUGAAGUCAAAGCCUUGAAGAAUGGUGGGUCAACAUCAAGUUUGGAUAUUGAGGCCAUUAAAGCAGAAGCAAAGGAAGAAGCUCAAAAGGAGAGUGAAGGGGAACUGAAUGAUCUUCUUGUUUGUCUUGGCCAAGAACAGAGUAAAGUGGACAAACUCCGUGCACGAUUGACCGAGUUAGGAGAGGAUGUGGAUACUUUACUUGAAGGCAUUGGUGAUGACAUGGGAGUGCCUGAAGAUGAUGACGAUGAUGACAUUGAUGAAGAUGAAAAGUGAUAUAUGGGUGUUAACAGAAGUUUGUGUUUCUAACUUUAAGUUUCCAUAUUUCUUAUGUUGUGUACAGUUUAUUUGUUGUCUUAGAUUGUACACUUGAAUUUUUACGUUGCCCUGUUAUCCCUUAUGUGGAUGUUAAUGCAGAUGUGGAAGCGAAUGUGUACCAUGCAUGCAUUUUUCUCUGGAUGUAUAUGAUCAAAUAUAAUCAUAUCGCUAGUGUAGAGAUAUUUACAAACGUAA